UCAUGGGGGCCCCGGGCAAUAGGGGAUCAUGGGGCCUGUGUCCUUGCCCAAACUCAAAAAAGCCUCUGAAAAAGGUACCAGGGGCAUCUCAUGGGGCCCCCUACUGACCCCGGGCCCUCGGACAGUGCCCGAGUUUCCAAAUGGUCAGUCCACCCCUGGUUGUGACCUUACAUGGUUCAGGUACCCAAGCUCAGAAUCUCACAUGACUCAACACAAUUGACCUUCAGCUUCAUCAUGAACAUGUAGGCAGGAGCAGUCUGUUUCCUCCA